GAGACUCUCCCAUAAAAGGUGGAAACCAAUAAGUAACUCUAGCAGUGCAACUGCCUGGGGAACCAGAACUACACUUCUGUCAUACAGGGUUAGGACUUUAUUGUAAUGUUCCAGUGCUGAUCUUGCUAUGUAGGUAUGAGGCUAUCUCGAUGAGGACUCUCCAAACCCCUGAAGAAGUCUACCACUGAGUGUUUUGAAGACACCUGGAUUUAAGGACUCCCUGUUUUAAUUUGUUACUCUUGUCUUCCUCACCACCAAGACAUGGUGCUCUGGAUUAUUUUCCCCAUCUCCCUCUCCCUGGUGUCCUUCAUUGGAACAUGGGCUGUAUAUGGCCUGGCCUUCUCCAACAAUCAUGUGUGCUCUCUCAGUGACUGGGGAGCUGACCACUACUGCAGAGGGAAUCAGUCCACUGGAUGUUGCCUUGUUCCCACUAUAAGCUCAAGUGGAACUAGUGCGCCAGAAAAUUCCCUUUUUACAGCAACGAUCAACGCAGGAUCCUUUCUAUUUCUGCUGUUCUGUAUAUUCCACCAUGCUCAUAUUAUGGAGAAACAUGCAUGCCAUUCCAUGAUGAGCAGGUUUGCCCUGGUCUUUGGUGUGGUGGCAGCCUUGGGGGCAUUCGCAGCUGGAAACUGUAAUCCUGGUUACCUGUCACUGCUACACUACCUCGGAGCUGCCAUCAGUUUCAUGUGCAUCUGCUUCUACACUGUUCUGCUCACUGCGCUGACCAGGAAGUGUUUGCUGACGGGCUAUGAGAAGGUUCUCUACCCACUACGUAUCAUCUCCACUGUGGUUCAAACCAUUGUCACCAUCUGCUAUACUAUUUUGUUUGCCCAGGACGAGUACUUCUACGUUCACUUGUCUGCCAUAUUUGAGUGGAUGCUCAGUGUCAACCUGGAGCUGUUCGAGCUCAGCUACGCUGUGGAGUUUUGCUUCUUCUCAUCCUUCAUGCUUUCAAACUUGUUGAGCAAACGAGAGGAAGAAAAGCCUUUGAUGAUGACUUUGUCCUGAUAUAAGGCUGCCAGGGUCCAGCUGAAGCACACAAGCAAUGAGGAAGGACUGAGUAAGAGAUCUGUAAAGACUGUAGCUGGAUCGUGGCUGGAGGACCAAUAAUUAUUUUCUAUCACUCUUGCAGGGAUGGAUUUAUAUCCCUUUAUGGAUUAUGACCACUUAUUCCACACUCUUGAUACUGUUGCCUAAAAUCUUCUUUACUGGGAAUUUCCAUUCAUUAGGUAAAACAUUCCUUAUUUAUUGAAACCAACUAGCUUGCACAGCAAAUGAACAAAACACAUCAGUCGUAUUAUACUUUUACACAAGCCAUGUUGCUGCUUUGCCAUUAGAACAAUUAACCUGAAGUGUCCAUACACCUGUUCAUGUGUUAAUGUUUGUGCAAUCAUUUUUAUUACGUGUUAACAUUAUCAACAAUUAAAUCAGAAUUCCUCACCAAGUACAUGAAUAAGGACCAAAAGUCAUGAAACGCUCACUGUUAGCUUAACAUUAAGUUUCUUUAAUGGAUCUAAGCAUUUGUGUAGAAGUUUAGCACUUUAAUAAAAAUAUGAUCACUGUA